UUAGAAGUUACUUAACUCAGCCACAAUCGCUUACUGAACGAACCACUUGCCAAUUCUGCUCCAGCAGAAGAAAACAAGGUUUUCCCAAUGGACUCUCUAGCAAAAUCAAUCAACCAAUUUGCCCUGGACUUUAGCAAAAAGCUAGCUGAAUCAGCUGAGGGCAAAAAUAUUUUCUUUUCUCCCUGGGGCAUCUCGACCUCGUUGGCCAUGGUAUAUUUGGGCACCGGAAGUACCACUGCAGUCCAAAUGGCCCAGGUGCUUCACUUUAGCAGAGACAAGGACCUCAAAUCUUGUCCUGAAAGUGAAAAGAAAAGAAAGAUGGAAUUCGAUGUGGGCAAGGUUGAAGAAAUACAUUCUCACUUCCAGACUCUUAUCUCAGAAAUCAACAAUCCCAGCACAUCUUACAUCCUUAAAACAGCCAACAGGUUAUAUGGAGAGAAAACUUACCCAUUUCACACUAAAUACUUAGAAGACAUGAAAGAAUACUUCAGUGCAGAACCACAGUCUGUUAACUUUGUGGGAGCUUCUGGACAAAUUCGAAAGGAGAUCAAUUCUUGGGUUGAAAGCCAGACGGAGGGAAAAAUCCCAAAUCUCCUACCUGAUGAUGCUGUGGAUUCUGCAACCAGAAUGGUCCUGGUGAACGCUCUUUACUUUAAAGGAAUCUGGGAACAUCAGUUCUCAGUCCAAGACACCACAGAAAAGCCUUUCAGAAUAAACAAGAGUACAAGCAAACCAGUGCUAAUGAUGUCCAUGAAAGAAAAGCUCCACAUUUUUCACAUUGAAAAGCCACAAGCCAUAGGCCUUCAACUCUACUAUGACAGCCAUGACCUCAGCCUGCUUGUACUGCUGCCAGAAGAUGUUGAUGGGCUGGAUCAGCUGGAAAGGGCCAUCACCUACGAGAAGUUGAGUGAGUGGACCAGCGCAGACAUGAUGGAGUUGUAUGAAGUGGAGCUGCAUCUCCCCAAGUUCAGACUGGAAGAGACUUAUGAUCUCAAGUCAACCCUGAGGAGUAUGGGGAUGAGCGAUGCCUUUAACCAGGGCAAGGCUGACUUCUCAGGAAUGUCAAUGGAGGGAAACUUAUUUCUGUCCAAUGUUUUCCAUAAGUCUUUUAUAGAAAUAAAUGAACAAGGUACAGAGGCUGCAGCUGGCAGUGGGAGUGAGGUGAGUAUUCGCAGCAGACUCCCCCCCAUUGAAUUUAAUGCAAACCAUCCAUUCCUCUUCUUCAUCAGGCACAACAAAACUGCUAGCAUUCUCUUUUAUGGGAGAUUCUGCUCCCCCUAAACCACAUUUCUCUGUCAUCGAACAAGACCAUCUUAUGGUGUAAAAAGUGCACCAAAAGAUGGGAAAACGCAAUUAUAAUAAAAACCAGUUUGUGGCUUGCAUCUUUUUUCACAUUUGAAUGUUAGUGAAUAAACCUUGAAAGAAUGCAUUUUAGUGAUUUUAUCAUACCUAUAUAUAGCUAGAGGUAGAGUUUGCCACUUAACAUCUUGUCUUCAAGUGACUUUUAUUUACAUUUCAGAAGUACUAUGUUAUUCAAUUGAAUGCUAUACAAUUUUUGAACUACUUGGUCACUGUAUUAUCAUUGUCACAUAUUUCACAUACCUCACUGGGUCAAGAAAAAUCUUUACAAAGGUGAUAUAUGGAUAAGCAAGAAUUUUCUCAAGAAUAUAAUUUUAAUAGUUCAUAAACUACCAUUGUAAAUUUAAGGCCCUCCCCUUUCGGCUGAGUAUUUAAAAAAAUACUUAAAUGUUGACAUUAAUGGAAAAGCCAGUGAAAUCCAAGUGAAAUAUGGAGUUUGGUUAGUAGCAGUGUUCCAAUGCUGUCCUCUCAGUUUGAACAAAUGUAUACUGAUAAUUAGAUGUUAGCACUGGGGAAAAUGUGUUAGGAGUACACAGAAUUUCCUGGAUUAUCUUUGCAACUUUUCUGUGAAGCUAAAAGUAUUCAAAAAUAAACAUUUUGUUGAAGGCA